AUGAUAGCCAUUCCUCAUUUCAUUUCUCCAAUUGAAAUACUGCUACAAAUUAUAAUCAAUAAAUAUCUAUCAGAAUCUUAUUGUUUGGUAGUGAUUUCAGAAACACCGCUCAGUGUGAAAUUACCAAUGAGUUUUACGUAUCUAGAUCCAAAAAAGGAACAUUUUUCAGUGGAAACUCUACUUAAGCUAUCGGAAGAAGGUUGUUCUGAUUAUAUCAUUCGCAUGGAAGAUCCACGACAGUUUAUGAAUGCACUGGAAGAAAUCAGACCUAUGAGUAUGGUGCGUAGAAGUGACAAGAAAUUAGUCAUAUUGCCGGUCACUGAUGAUGAAAAUAGUAUGGAACCCAUUCUGAAUUUACUUACCAUGAAAGAAAGCAGUUAUUAUGCACAUAUAUUACUUAUAUUACCCACCCAAACGGAGCGUUUUGAAUGCCUGGCAUUUAAUUUAAUUACUCAUAGAUUUGUAGGGUCAGAUUCAGAGUCCAAAUUACCUAUUAUAUUAGAUCGUUGGUAUUCGUGCACAAACCACUUUGAAAAUAAUGUCUAUUUAUUUCCUAAUGAUUUAAAAAACUUGAAUGGUAAAACUAUGAAAAUAAGCACGUUUAUAUAUAAACCUUACGUAUUAUUGGAUGUGGAUACUGCAGUGGCACCGCUCGGAAGAGACGGUAUAGAAAUAAGAAUGAUUGACGAAUUUUGCAGAUGGAUUAAUUGUACUGUUCAAAUUAUAAGAGAAGAUGUGGACUUAUGGGGAGAAAUUUAUGAAAAUGAAACAGGCAUCGGGGUUAUCGGAAGUGUUGUUGAAGGCCGGUCGGAUAUUGGAAUUGCCGCUUUAUAUUCGUGGUAUGAAGAAUGGAAAGCCAUGGAUUUUUCAGUUUCUGUUGUCAGAUCGGCUGUAAUAUGCUUGGUACCAGCUCCAAGAGUUUUGGAAAGUUGGGAGUUACCUUUUCUGCCAUUCGGUAAAAGUAUAUGGAUAGCUGUCGUGAUUACAUUUGUGUAUGCCAGCAUCGGUUUGACAAUCGCUCAGGGAUGUUCUUCUAACAAAGCUCUAUUAAUUGUCUUUGGUACUAUAAUUUCACAGUCUCAGUAUAUAGUAAGCGACUCUUGGCGCAUUCGUUCUGUUAUUGGUUGGCUUUUAGUUUCAAGUUUGAUUUUGGUAAGUGCUUACGGAGCUGGACUUGCUUCUACAUUUACUGUACCGCAGUAUGAGCCAUCUAUUGACACUGUCCAAGAUCUUCUCAACAGCCGCAUGGAAUGGGGUGCUAAUCACGAAGCUUGGACAUUUUCUCUAGCUUUAUCUUCUGAGCCAGUAGCAAAGAAGUUAAUUAAACAGUUUAAAAUCUAUUCUUUUGAAGAGUUACAGAGAAGAAGUUUCUUAAGGAAAAUGGCCUUUAGCUUGGAAGAACUACCAGCAGGUACCUUCGCAAUUGGGGAAUAUUUAUCGAAAGAAGCAGUUCAAGACAUGCAACUCAUGUUAGAAUUUUUUUAUUUUGAUCAUUGUGUAGCCAUGUUGCAUAAGAAUUCACCUUACACAGAAAAACUAAGUGAAUUAAUAGGAAGGCUCCACCAGUCUGGUUUGUUGUUGGCUUGGGAAUCUCAGGUCUCUUUGAAGUACUUGGAUUACAAAAUUCAAUUGGAAAUAAGACUAUCUCGUGCUAGAAGUGACGUUGGUGAUUUAAAGCCGCUUAAUUUCAAUCAUGUUGAGGGUAUUUUUUUGAUAUUUAUUACCGGUACAAUAUUGUCUACCCUUUUUUUCGCACUGGAAAUAUUCAUAGGUAAACAAGCACGCAAGAAAUAGUGGCAGCAGUUUUGAAGAAUAAGUAUGAUAUUUAACACCCUUUACGUAAUCUAUUGAUAAGGUUUAAAUUAAAAUACACUUACUUA